AUGCCUUACGAACGUUUAGUUCAAGUCGGUCGUGUUGCAUACGUUGCUUACGGUCCUGAAAAAGGCAAGAUUUGUUGUAUAACAAACAUCGUUGAUCAAACACGUGUUCUUGUCGAUGGUCCAUCAUCUCACGUACGUCGUCAAGCAUUAAACAUCAAAGCAUUACAUUUAACAAAGUACGUGCUUAAGCUCUUACCUGGAGCUCGUUCCAAAACAGUCAAAGCACUUUGGGACAAACACGAUAUUAACAAGAAAUGGCAAGAAUCACGAUGGUAUAAAAAGUUACAAGCAAAACAUACACGUUCACGAAUGACGGACUUCGAUCGUUACAAAUUGUUACAUGCUAAACAAGCAUACAAUCGUAUUGUUAAUCAUGAAUAUAACCGAUUGAAGAAGAAGAGUAAAGCUGAAUUGGCCAAGAAGACCAAGAAAACCAAACCACGAACAUUUGUUGCUAAAUCCAAACGUAUUGCAAACAAAUUCAAGAUCUUUGCUGCACCAGCUGCUGCCGGCAAAAAGAAAUAA